AUGGCUCGCUUUGGUCUCAUCACGCGCUUCCGACUACUCGGUCCCGUCUCCAUCCUCGCACUCUUCGCGGGCGGUGUCAUCUUGAUCCUCGUUGGCGUUAACACCAGUCUGGCCCCGACCUGGAGAAAAGAUGGCCAAGGGAACGCGCAAAGCGGAACUGCGCUAUACGACAACCAAGCUCGCUUCCGCUUCGGAUCUUCGCUGAACAUCCAAACCUGGGUGGCCAUUAUCGGUGUUGGCUUUGGUAUGCUUGCCUAUGGCUUCAACGAGGCCUACAAUCAUCUCUUCGAUGCCUGGUGCAGUUGGGCGGCACGGAAGGAGACUGGACUUGACUACGGUCGCUACCUGAACUCUCAAAGUCGAGCUCCGGUACAGUGCGGCAUUAGAGGAUUUCCUGCCUUCACCAUCUUGAAAUUGAUCUUCGCGAUCUCGAGUAUUGCUGCCUCUCUUGGAUACAAGUUCGCCGUACUGGAGCUUCCUAUUCUGUCAUACGAGAAUCUCGACCGGACUCGAGUCCAGCUCACUGUUCCUCCUCUCGAAGGACUUAACAACGGAAUAUCUAGCCCGUGGUUUGGCGAUGUCCCACAAGGCAAUUCGAACCGAGCAUUUACCCAUCAAGAAGACUGGGACCCAAACUUGCCGCCGAUCAGUAUUAUCAUGGCCGGGUGGGCAAACUGUUCUGGCCUCUUCCGCCCUCGCGAAAACGGAUAUGUCAUCUCACGAGAGACUGUCAUGGUUGCCAACAUGACGGAGGAGCAAGGGGACUUUGUCAUGACUUCCAACAGCACUGGCUGGAUGCGGACUGAGACUUCCAACAACCACUGGCUCAAUUCGACAGGGCACGCCGUGGUGGACUACCGUGUCCUCGAACCGGGCCGGGUGCAGAUACAAUGGACGCAGGCUGGAAGUUGGUUGAAUGACCCAGCACAGAGUACACUUGCGGCACACCGUCUGACGUACAGCUUACACUAUGCUGUCGGGCUAGUUGGCAGAGGUGUUGAAGACGAAGAAUGCUCUGCCAUGUUCGAUUUGGGUAUCCUCAACGGCAGCGACGGCCUGGUGAUCGUAUCCCAAGACAACAACACGGUUAUAACCAAGGACGAGGAUGCCUCCCUUCCAUACUACCAGAACUGGGUUGAUGCGAUAAUCAACGACCCGGACACACUACCUCUCCAGGGCGUCAGUGCCUUCGUGCGGGUGGUGAUGGCAGGCUGGGCUUCGGUAACGCCAGAGAAGAACAGUGUGGCCAAUCUCCGACACCUACAGUCGGACAAUAGGCCAUUUGGUCCCGAACGGUUUGACUCCGAGCUUGUGUUGACGAUACUCGGGGCCCAUGCAGACGACUUUGAGACGAGGCAGUUUCCCUUCUUCUUCGGACGACGAUAUUCUGGGGCCACGGGUUGCUACAAGGUCGCGGCUAGAAUCUUUAUGGCCCUCGGCAUCUUGGCGAUCCUAGUUGGACUGAUCCGGAUAUGGAUGGGUCCACCAGCCCUGACGUCUUGGAUGGGACAACACAUCUACCUGUCCCAGAGCGGUGCGAUAGCCUUGCGUGGGAAGGCAGAGGAACUGGCUACGGGGUACGAGGCUGCUAGUCGGGAGACGGGACUGUUACGGCUGCCGCCAAAGGGCCAUUUGUUCGUGGCCUCGAAUGAUGGCAUGCGUUGAUAGAUGCAUUGGAAAUCGAAUACGAGAAUUGGGUGUGGAUUAGUAUGGGUGAUGGCCACGGCCGAGAUUUGAGAGAAGGGCAAUCUCACCCGCGGCCGAGAUGUGAGCCGCCCGUAUCAAUCAACCCGCCUCAACCAAUUGGUGACAUCCGCGAUAAUUGUUCCCAGAAUGGCCAGGCGUUGCUAUAAUUUUAAUGAAUGUAAACUUCUUUGCUGUAUCA